CCAUCCCCCAGCUGCUCUACGCCAGACACCCGCCGUUUCUGCUCUCAUUUCGCCCUUUGACAAACUACGAUAUUCCACAGCCACCCCGGGCAGCUCUGGAUUCCUGAAAAACUCGCAGAGAAAGCGAUCUGCCACAGCUACUGCCCAUGACGCAGCGUGUCCCACAUGUGCAGCCCCUCCCUGUUGACAACAGGAGAUUGCCGACAGGAAACCAUCGCUCGCCAUAACACUAUCCCUGAGUCUUGCAGCUGCAUUUUACCGCGCCGGACAUGGCGGCCGCCGAAUCCUCCAUGUCUGGCCCCGUUGAUCUCGUGCGCAGCGCAUCCCAUGCCUCAACGGCCUCCAACAGCAGGAAGAGCAGCACAACUCGCGUGCGUCCGUCGAAACGUAGCUCUACAGCUUCGCUCGCGCGUGCGCCUUCGCCGGCGGCCGAUACGAAAAGCUUGACCUCCUUUCCCUCUCUCUCCCCGAGUCCAGAUCCCUCGCCGGUGCAAACGCGAUUGAAUGGCUGGCUCCGCAACGCCCUUGCACCUGGAGAUGUUGGGAGUAAGAAUAGAGACAUCCAGUCUGCGGCUUCGCCGGAUACAGUGAAGGCAGCUCCUCUGCCAGAAGCUCAGAAGAAUGGAGCUGUGGACAAGACAGUCAGGAAGAUCACAAAGUCCACACAAGAGCUUGUGGGCAGUUUGGUAUCAGCAACACCCACGAGAGAGCGCACAUCUUUGUUCGAUGAUACCCCUCCCCAGAUGGACAAGGUUCCCGGAAACCUCCACUGUUUGAGCGAGAAGCACAUCACCGAACUGGUCGAACGCGCAGGUGCCGUCAAUUUGGUCAAACAACUUGCUGGGGAUCUGGCACAGCGGGAUGCGCAGAUCACAGCAUUGAGGAGGCGGGCAGAGGAAAGAGAAAGGAUUUUGAGGAAGAUGCUGCAGGAAUGUGAAGUCUCCACCAUGGACAUCGAAACCCGACUACGGGAGUUGGACGUUAGUAGAGACCAGCAGAAAGGCGGUGAUGCCGAUUUAUUGAAAUCGAAAAAGCGAGGGAGCGAAUACAAUCUCCCCGGUAUGCACCCUGAGGACCCCAUCGAUCAACGAUUGGCCCUUGCGAUGGAAGACCAGGUCUCCGUGUUGCCUGAUGGGUCGCGGAUUAACAAUGCCUGUGCCCAGCAAUCAUCCAGCACGCGGCAGGAUAGCAACCACAGUACGUGGAGGAAUUAUCUGUGGAAUGGGACUAGUAGGAAGAGCAGCAGGGCGCCUUCUCUUGCAAGCGGUGUUGGGGAUGCGCCGUCCAGAGAUUCGAGCGGUACCAGACAACCCCGGAAACCCCUCGGUAACGAUACAUUCCUGCCGCCUUCUUCAACGGAUGGAGCAUCUGGUGCAAUUCCUACGCUUCGCCGGCUUCAAAGUGAGGAUCAGAUCCACUCUUCCUCCUCUUCACGAAGAUCCUCUACAUCAAUAACUUCUUGGGCUUUGAAGAUGGUAGCUGGAAACAUACAUGCAAGCCGCAACGCAGACAAGGGAACCGCGGUUAGGGGCCGCGAUCGCAGUGGCUCCAAUGCUGCUCAACGUGCUGCGUCUAAAGACUCCACCCGCACGGCGCAAUCGGUAGGUUCCGCAUCAAACCUUGCCCAACGGCGAGCCGGACGCACCUCGCUGGGCCCGAAUGGAACAAUCAAGAAUAUUACUAGCGAUGCGUCAAAAAGCGCCUCUGGUGUGCCCGGUCAACCAACUCGUGGACUCAGCAAUCUGGGCCCCGUGGAGAUGGAUAGGAUCUUACCGGAAGAGUCCCGGCCUCCCACGCUUGUGCAACAUCACAACCACUUUGCUGCGAGCCACGAGUACCUAACCGACAGAUUUGGGUUCAUAUAUGACCAGAGGCGGAAGCAAAGACAGAGCGAAGCUGCAGCUGCGCUUUCAAAACACAAAACCAGCGGCCAUUCUGAAUCUUUGAGCAAUGGUCGACCGAUGUUGCACCAGGUGGGCCACAGUGAUGACUCCAAUGAAAACGCGAAACCAGUUCCUUCGGACACUGGUCUCCUCUCCAAUCCGACCUCCAGACCGGGCAGCAGGAGCUCCGGUGAACAGGCUUCCGGGCCGUCAGCAAAGACCUGGCAGGAUUACCUCAAGCUGGCAACUCAUCCCACGGAGCUGCUUUCUCAUACCCCAUCUACUGCUCCCAUUAUGGAGACAGAACCAGAACCCACGGCGACCAAGGUCAGCCAAGUAACCGUUGCUAAGCGUGGCUCUCUGCCUUCCUCGAGCGUCAAUCCCGAACCUUCACCCUCAAGGAUUGUCUCAGGGAAUGCUGAGUUCAUUACUGCUUCCCCCUCCGGAGCAGCCAGUCCCAUUAGCCCUCUCUCCCCGCAGGCGGAUCCUGUCAAAGCACUCCUUGAGCAGCUCACCGAACUCCACGACUCGCUGCAGAGAGAGAAGACGGUCAAGUGGAAUGAGUUUCUCCGGAAGGUGCGGGCGGAGCGCAAGCGUGAGGGGGAGGCAGUCACUGCGGCAGAAGGCAUAAGGCACAUUACAAUGCCGGAGGCUCAUCUUGCCGACGGUGAGAUCAUCGGGAUUGCGGGUCUUGGUAACAAGGGCAAGGUUGGACGUGCGAAAUGGCAGGAGUUCCGGCGCCUUGUCCUUGGCGGCAUUCCCGUGGCCUACAGAGCGAAGAUCUGGGCCGAGUGCAGUGGAGCAUCUGCUCUACGUAUACCCGGCUAUUACGACGACCUGGUUAGGAACGGUGUCGACAAUGACAACAUCGUGGCUCAGAUUCAGAUGGAUAUCAACCGGACCCUCACGGACAACAUAUUCUUCCGCAAAGGGCCGGGUGUGCACAAGCUAAACGAAGUUCUGCUCGCAUACUCUCGGCGAAACCCCGAAGUCGGAUACUGUCAAGGCAUGAACCUCAUCACUGCGUGUCUUCUGCUCAUCAUGCCGACAGCAGAAGACGCCUUCUGGGUCCUUGCUACCAUGAUCGAAAAUAUUCUCCCUCCGAAAUACUACGACCAACACCUCCUGACCUCACGAGCCGACCAGACCGUGCUCCGAGAAUACGUCGUCGAGCUGCUCCCCAAGCUAUCCGCCCACCUCGACCUGCUGGAGAUCGAACUUGAGGCUCUCACCUUCCAAUGGUUCCUUUCCGUUUUUACCGACUGCCUCUCCGCCGAGGCGUUGUUCCGCGUCUGGGAUGUCGUCCUGUGCAUGCACGACGGCUCAACCUUCCUCUUCCAGGUUGCUCUGGCGCUGCUGAAGCUUAACGAGAAAGCGCUGCUGCAAUGCGAUACCCCGGCUGGCGUCUACCACUACAUCAAUCAUCAAAUGACGAACCAUGCUAUCAGCAUUGAUAGUCUGAUCCAAGCGUCGGAUGCGCUGAGCAAAGUUGUCAAGCGUAAGGAUGUGGAAGAAAGGCGAGAGCGCGCUGUAGCGCGUGAACAGGAACUUAUCAAGCAGCGUGAAGAAGCGCGGAAGAUGAGGGCGAAGAAGAGGGCGGAGCAGACAACCGGAGAAUCUGAGCAGCAGCAGCGAAACGAUGAUUCGGGCGAAAGGCGCAGGGAUGGUGAGGGUGCGUCGCUUUCGGCGAGUUUGGAUGCGGGCUUGUCACGCAGAAUCAGCCCUAUGACGACCCCAACGAGCUUAAACAGUUUCGCUAGCGAAGAGGAGGAGGCAGAGAGGUUGUUGCGCGGGUUGGGUGAUCGAACGCCAAUGCCGAUCGAAGAGGAAAGUCUCUGGAGAGGCUAGUAUUGGGUUAUGGUAGGUAUGUGAGAGGGUACAGUGAGGAUGCAUUGGUUCGGAUUUGAUACCCAGACAUUGUACUUUUUUGCUUUCUGACCUUCUAGAGGUAGACUGCCUUCCCUUAGGGGACUUUUCCUUUGUUCUUGCAUCAGCGGCGCUCCGAGUAGAUAGCAUAGCAUACCCCAGACUCCAAAUUCCCAUUUUGUUUGACGAGU